AUGCUUUCUAAGGUCGCCGAAGAAAUUAUCUCCGAUCAGCUGAACGGCCAACGCGAACGAAUGAUGGUUCCAUUGGACGAGUUGCCAUUUACCGAAAGUUGUCCGACCACUUUGUCGCCUGCUCACUUCGAAUACAAUAUGCAGCAUUCAGGGCUAGACGAAACGUCUUACUCUGCAAACGGCGAAGAAAUCACCGCUUUGCAGAACGACGGUUCUUCAGUGGAGGCAGGUGGCUUCAUUCGCGAUUCUCUUCCGAACCAGGAUCCGGUAUUCAGAGAGUCUUCUUCGGUCAUCCCCGUAGAGGAGGUUGAAUCAAUCCGUUUCGAGGCUCUGCCCAGCGAUGAGGAUUCACCGGAGUCAGCGAUGUCUGCGCUUGUUUGUGAUAAAACAUUUUUGCAGAUGGUCAAUUCCGAUGACGAAAACCUCAACCCUUCCACUAUCGACUCUUUAGUAAACAAGGUUAGCGAAGAAGACGUAUCAAGUCAACGUGACCAAAUGACAGUCAGAAAUGAAGAGUCGUCAUGUAUUGAAACUUUGGAGACUAAUCCUUUGCCUGUUCGUUCCGAAGCCGCGCAUCCUAUGGGAAAUAAUUCGCAUGAUGCGGAACUGGACGGCGCAUCUGACUUGAGGAACGGCGAAGCGAUCUCCCCAUUGCUGAACAACAAAACUUCCUCUGAAGCCGGUGACCUCGUUAGACAUUCUUCUCCGGGCCAAAUUCCGGAUGAUUCGUCCCCGAGGAUGACAAGCAGGGACAACAUAGCGAAACUGAUUUGUGGUUCUUACAUUCCAAGAAAGCGUUUCCCGCGCUUAAAUGAAAAUAAUUUCGCAUCGCCGUAUUUGCGAAGAAGGUUAAGAAUGAAAAUUGAACAUCGCAAGCAUAACGUGAUGAUUGAUGGCCAGAUGAAAGUCGGGUGGAGAGGCACCAGACAACUUUUUGAUAGAACGGUGCCAUUGCGCUGUCCAAGAUGUCGUCUUUCGUUCGAAGAGUUGGUCGAGGAUGAAGAUGACUUAUCGAACGAGCAAUCGUCGAAUGUGGCUAAAGAUCGGAAAAGAAUUGUGAAACAGAAACUCAUCUGCCGCAGAAGUCAUGUUGAUCGUCGUUGCCGGGAGGAUACGUUCCAGCGCCAACAGAUGUACUCUCAUAAUGUCAAUUGUUCCUUCAGGGGUGAAGAAUGCGCUCGAAGAUACAACGAUAUCGUUGUUGAUGGACACGGGCUUGGACAGUUCCUGUCCAGAGAUACACGUUUUGUCAUGAUUGCCCUGACUUUGAUAAUAAUGUUGUACUUUCUAUACGAUUUCGUUUUCCGUCAUUAUCUGGAUACCGUAUUUUUGCCCUAA